AUGGGUCUCCCCUCAUCCCCGCUUCAUCCCUACAGCAACCCUGCGAGGCUGCACAGGGCACAGCAGGCCUUGGGAACGGGGGAGUCAAAGGAGGGCAACAUCUGCCUUCUCUUCCAGACCAGCAAGAGAGCCCAGAUGACCUGGACACCGUCACAGACCUUGGGCCCCCAGAGGAUGUUCUUCUGGAUUAUUUCCAUGGCUCUCUUGAUGCAGACAGCGAGAGGGGCUGAGGGAGGCUUGAAGGUCCAAGUGAGCCAGAAGGGUCUGGAAUAUGCAAAGGAACUUGGAUUGGAGCUGUUGAAGUCAAGGCUGAAGAAGGAGACAUUCCAGGAUAUAAAUGGUUCCAGCAAUGUACCACUUGUUGGGAAAGUGCAAUAUUCUGUAUCUGGGGCCCGAGUCAGCCAACUUCAGGUGAACCACAUAGCCAUUGGGUUCAUUGCAGGGACAGGUGUCAAUAUUUCCAUCCAAAAUGCCCAGUUCUUGGUCAGUGGUAACUGGAAGAUGGCGUCUGUGUUUCGGCAGGAUAGCGGCACUGCUGACAUCAGCAUCAAUCGGCUGUCCCUCUCUGCUGUCCUGGGAGUGGGCAGGGAUGCUGUAGGACGCCCUCAGGUGUGGUACGACAGCUGCCGUUCUGCCAUCGGAGACUUCAGCAUGAAAUUCUCUGGGGGAAGCAGCUGGCUGUACAACUUGGCCGCAUCUGUUCUUAAGAAAAUGCUGAAAUCAGAAGUCAAUAAACAUCUAUGUUCCGAGCUCAAGAAAGAAAUUGACAAGGUUGCGCAACUCCUGAAAACCAUGGAUGCCUCAGCCCAGUUAGACGCCAUUGCAGGGAUAGACUAUUCCUUGGUGAACAAGCCAGUGAUUGACGUGGAUCGAUGCAAUGUGGACCUCAAGGGUCAGUUCUUUGUUUUGGGAGAGCCCCACAGAAAGCCCUUCCUGCCCGCACCCUUCCUCCUCCCCAACCAAUCAGACUCCAUGAUCCUCCUGGGGAUCUCUGAAUCCGUUGCCAACUCGGCUGCAUUUGUGUACUACACCGCCGGGGCGCUAAGGAUGAACUACAAAGACAGCAUGGUUCCAAGAAGUUUCCCUUUCCGCCUGAAUACCAAGAAUGUGGGUCUGUUCUUACCAGAGCUGAAGAAGAGGUUUCCGGAUAUGCCCAUGGAGAUCCACCUAUCUGCCCGGAAGCAGCCACUGCUGACCUUCCAGCCUAGUGGUGUAGAGGCAACACUCUUUGGAUCUGCUGAGGCAUUUGUUGUUCUGCCAAAUGCCAGCCUGGCCUCUGUAUUCCGGAUAAAUAUUGACAGCAAACUCACAGGACAAUUCUUUCUGAAGCCAGACAAGUCUGGGAAGCCUCUUGGCAAAGUCGGGGGCUCAGUGGCCCUGAAAAACUUUCACCUGUCCCAGGAUCGGCCAAAGAUCGGUGAGAUCAAGUGCGUGUAUUCCCAAAGAGAUGCUGAACUUGGCUUUGAGAUGUACCGCAUCAGACUGUGGGUGACGGGUUUGGAGGAGCUGCUGCAUGUGGCCGGGCGACUGGCAGUGUCAAGGUUCAACAGAGCAGCCGAUGCCAUAGCCUGCUUGCUCAUUGCCGCUAAGGACGCCGUGAUGGUGGCAAUGAUGAAGAAGGGGAUGUUCAGUGGGAACAACCGGCGAUAA